AACAGGCUUCCAAGGCAUGCCGCAGGGCUUUAACCCGGCCUUCUUCGGCGCUGGCGGCGCCAACCAGCAGUCUACCGAGUGGCAGAACCCGCACGGCGCCAAGCGAGCUCGAGGCGAGUAGAGCAACGCCUGGAUCGCUCGGCGCUAAGUCCGGGGCACUUGCCACUCGACUUACGUAGAACUGCCCGACCUACCUAGUUUUUAUCUGACUUACUUUACCUCCCGGGCCAUGCGAUAUACGGCACGCCGUCUUGCAAGGUCCGGUUGAGACCAUGAGGCAGUCUAGAGAUUGGGUUUGGAUGACGCCUCAUCUGCCGGUUUGUAUGAUUUGGGUGGGGACGGAAAACCGGCUUUCCGUCUUUUUUUUUUUUUUUUCGUUUCUAUUUUUCAAGGUGUUUCUCGGGCGUUGGGGGGUAUGCAAUAUGGGGCCAGGUUCAUUCGAUCAAUCAUCAAUCAUCACGUUGACUUUUAUUACUACUUUUUGCAAUGUUCUGCUUUGGCUCUGCUGUUUGGGAGUCCACCGUCUGUGGCCUCAUCAUGUUCGGGGGUGUUGUGAUGCGCUCUGUGUGGCAUCCAGUGUUAUGGGUCUCUUUUGUGUUGGGGUGUCGGUGUUACGGUGCAUGCGAGUGUGGUUCGAAGCCUUGGGUGACCGCUUGAUCUGGUUAUGCUUCUCCCCAUGUUGGGUUUUGUGAUGUUUGAUGGUGGAAUGUCUGGUAGGCGAUGGAGUUUGGGUUUGGGAGAUUUGUCAAGCCCGCGUAUACCAAAUACUGCGACUUAUGAUGGUGAUUGGGUUUAAGAUUUGAGCUUGGGAUUCUUGA